UCAGGGAACGCGCACAUUCCUAUUGUCCAAGAUGGCGGCCUUAUUGCAGCUACUGUGAUGCUGAAAUGUUUAGCAUCAUUUUUAACCUUAUUCAUCGUAAAUGUGCCAAAAAUCAGCGGCCGUCCUGGAAGCGCGUCUCUCCGUGAAGCCGUCCGCUGCCGCCUCGUCUCCACGAACCCUCCCGGAACCAGCUCCAAUCGCCGAAUUCCCGCUGCAGGCACGGAAAAGUUUGGGCUCCAUCCUCCGGUGAAAGAUGAAAAGGCAGGCCGGGAGAGAGAGCAGUCCGUCCCGGGCUGUCGCUAAGCGGAUACGGGAGAGAGAGCGGGAGAGCGUCCGCAGAGAUGAGCUGCCGCCGCCGCCUCUGGCUCUUCUGCUGGCGGAGAGUCGGAGCUACCACCGCCGCAGCCGCAGCAGGGAGCGAGAGAAGCCGCGGCUCAGAGAGGAGCGGGCGGCCGCUCUGGAGCUCCACCACCGACACGAGCUCAGCCUUCUCGGCCGCCCGCCGCUUCGCGCCACCGACCCGCCCGCCGCCAGACCCGGGACUUUAGAGUACAAGACGCUGCUCAUCAGUAACCUUGGCUCUCAGGUGUCGGACGAGGACGUGGAGGACGCGCUGUUCCACGAAUUCAAAAAGUUCGGGGACGUCAGCGUGAAGCUCUCGCACACCCCGGAGCUCGGCCGGAUCGCCUACGUCAAUUUUCGCCACCCGGAGGACGCCAAGGAGGCCAGGCACGCCAAGUCCUCCAGGCUGGUUCUGGGUGAGCGGCAGCUGAAAAUAGAGCCCAUGUACGUGAGGAGGCGCAGUGUCACUCCGCCGGAUGCGGGAUAUUUGCCGCUGCACGCGCCCUACCCCUAUAGGCAGCGCUCCCUGUCCCCGCCCGGGCCGGCGGUGAGCAGCCUCCGGGAGCUGAGGGCCCGACAGUACGCCUUGGAGAGCCUGGCUCUGAGCAGGGACCGGGACCGGCUGUUGGAUUAUUAUGGCAUGCUGGAUGAGAGGGGGCGGCCCUACGGCUUCCCGCCCAUGCCGGUGGUGGAGGAUUUAAAGCCCGAGGACGACCAGAGGGCCACCAGCAACCUCUUCAUUGGGAACCUAGACGGGAACGUGACAGAGGUUGAGCUCAGGAGGGGGUUUGAUAAGUAUGGCAUCAUUGAGGACGUGGUGAUUAAACGUCCAGCCCGUGGACAGGGUGGGGCAUACGCCUUUGUGAAGUUUCAGAACCUGGACAUGGCCCACCGGGCCAAGGUGGCGAUGCAAGGCCGGCUGAUCGGUGGGAACCCCAUAAAGAUCGGCUACGGCAAGGCGAACCCCACCACCAGGCUCUGGGUGGGCGGCCUGGGGCCCGGGAACUCGCUCGCCGCCCUGGCUCGGGAGUUUGACCGCUUUGGUAGCAUCAGGAACAUCGACUAUGUGAAAGGAGACAACUUUGCUUACAUCCAGUAUGAAAGCUUAGACGCUGCUCAGGCUGCCUGUACCCAGAUGAGGGGCUUUCCUUUGGGGGGCCCGGAGCACCGUCUCAGGGUGGACUUUGCUAAAGUUGAGGAGAGCCCCUCCCGCCCGUUUCCUCCUGGUUACCAGCCUCCCGUUGCUCUCUCCUCCCACUUUGACCUUCUAGGGGAGGCUUACAGUCGCCAUCGCAGCCUGGAGCGAGAGCUCAGGGUGGGCAGGGAGCGCUCUUCCCCCUCCCACAGCCUCCUCUCCCUUAGGGAGAGAGAGAGGGGCCUGCUGGAGAGAGACUUUCCCAGCAGCCCCACGCGAAGCCUGGAGAGGAGGCCCGGGGGGGUCGAGGCGUUCGGGAGGAGUGGGCGAACGGCGAGGAGCCGCAGCAGGAGCAGGGAGCGCUGGCUGAAGGAGCGGGAGGAGAGGAGGAGGAAGAGCAGGAGUCUGUCUGCGGAGAGGCCGGCGGAGGAGAAGGAGAGGGGGAGAGCCAGGGUGCGUGGUCCAGGGGGGGUUCUCUCCCCCGAUGCAAGCCCCGACCGAGCCCGGGUCCGAGCCCCUGACUCGACCACAGAGCCCAGAGACCACUCCCCCGACAGCGGCGCAGGACGACACUCUGCCACCAACGAAGACGAGCCGUCAGCCAGCCGCCACCACAGCAAGCGAUCUUCCAGCGACCACCUGAACAACCACCACCACCGAACCAGCGAAGUGGUCGCCGCCGGCUCCCCCGCCGCCCAAACGGACACGCCCACCUCUCCCAGCACGCUGUCAGAGUUCGCUCAGAGCACGCUCUCCAGGCUGUGGCGUGGAUUCUUCGCCCUGAAGAACAGCAGCUUCCCCACGGACCUGUUCCUGCUGGAGGGCGGCGUGGCGUACUUCCACACCGUGAUGAAGGACAGCCUGAAGCUGCAGGUUCAGAACCAGCCCAGCCAGCUGAAGAUCGCCCAGCGCCUGCGCAUGGACCAGGCGCGGCUCGACGAGGUGAUGCGCCGCAUCAAGCUCGGCCGCCCCGACGGCUUCGCCAUCCUUCUGGCCCUGCAGGGGCCUGUGGACCGCCAGCCCCCGGGGCUGGAGCCGGGGCUGCAGGUCCGUCUGCUCCGCCACCUGGUGACCUACCUGCGCAACAAAGAGGCCGCCGGCGUUGUGAGUCUGCCUGCCGCAAAGGAAAGCGGUCCGGGCGCCAUGCUGUACGCCUUCCCUCCAGGGGAGUUCUCACAGCAGUUCCUGCAGGCGGCCAAGAGGACUGUGGGUAGUCUGGAUGAGGAGCACAUGGUGAUCGUCAUCGUCAAUGACACUAACUGAUUCCAGGACGGCGUGUUUCAGACAUUUCAGUGUUUGGUCCAGUUCAAAGAGGUUCCAGUCGGGUCACACUACAUGUUUCAGUCCUUCUGCUCCUCAGUGUCGCCUUCAUCCAGGAGGGUGAAAAUAAUCCAGGAGGAACUUUUAAGAAAACAUAAAAACCCUCCUGAUUUUCUACAGUAAGCUGUAAGAUGUGACACUAAACCCAGAAGUGUUUCUCUGCUUGUUACUUUAUCUGUUUUUAAUCCAUCCUGGAUCACAUUAGAGCAGGACGGUUCUAUAAACUUGAAUCUAAUCUUUUAGCAUUUUUUGUGUUUUGAAUUGUCUGUUUUCCAGCCUGCCUCUGUGUGUCCUGGUGUUUUUAGCAUUCCAGGCCCAUCCUCCCCCCCAUUGCAUGCACCAGGAGAUCAACCCCCAGCCUGUCUGUUAAAAUGAAAACUUCUUUCAGGAUUCCUGUUGAACGAUCAGUUCGAGUCGUGCUUGUUUGGAUUGUUCUUAUUGUGCACAUUUAUACCCUCGGUUUUAUCCCACGUGUUCUGGUUUUUCUUCCAUGUUGUCAUGAAGCAGGUCAGUGAACUGAACCACAAAUCGAACCGUUUGUACAGACUAAGGGAUGGGAAAACAUUUGGACCCAAAAUCUUCCAGUGAAUUUCUUCAAAUGGUCAAAUUCAUUUGAUGAAACCAGUCAGAAAUAAGCCGGUAUUAUAAAAUAAGGAUGAAUGAGUAAAUAAUGAGAUGUAUUUUAAAAAGAGGAAUAUCUGAAGUGUUUUCUGUGUCAUCUGAAAAUUGACCAUGUUGUUUCUGACCUGAAAUAAAACCAGAGUUUUUGUUGCUGCAGCCUCAA